AUGUCUACAACAACAACAUCAUCGGGCAACAACGUUCAUCAAAGAUUUAUUUCUAUUGGAGCCAAUAGAAUUUCUGGCUGCAGUGAUUGGUAUAGAUUACCUUCUGAUAUUUAUGAAAAUCAAGUUUAUACUAAUCAAAAGAUUGAUUAUGACAAUACUAAUUGUAUCCGUGUUGAUGCAGCUAUCAAGGAAAAGUAUAGACAUUUAGAUUUAUUUGCAUAUUCCGCUAAUCAAUUUGUUGCUAUUUAUUCACCAUAUUAUAAUAGAAUUUUAUGUACAUUGAAAGGACAUACUGAAAGAGUGAAUGCUGUUUCUUUUAUGAUUUAUUCUAAUAGUCAAGAAUUUGAUAAUAAUACUAUUUAUAUUACAAGUGUCGGAGGAAAGGAAGUUAUUAUUUGGAAAUUAAAUAUUAAUCAAAGUGAGAUUACAUAUGAAAUUGUUCAAACUAUUAAAUCAAAGACACAUUUAACAAAAGUGACAUCACUUGAACAGAGAUACAUUGUUGUUGCUGAUUCUGAUGGUCACGUUUUUGUUUAUGAAAAGAAAAAUCAGGUAUAUGAACUGAUUCAAACAUUUAAACAUCAUAAGGCUAUUGAAGCUGUUUCUAUGAUUAAGCUUUUUGAUCAUUAUAUGGUUGCUUGUGGUGGUGUUGAUUUUAAUAUUCAUUUAUACUUUUUGGAAUCGAACAAAUCUGUGCUAGUUUUAAAGGGACAUGAAGAUUGGAUUCGUGCCUUGUCAUUUAAAUUUAUUCCAAUCGAUAAUUGUGUUUAUUUGGCCAGUGCCAGUCAAGAUAAUAGAAUUAGAUUGUGGAAAAUUACUAAAGUUACAGAACAAGAUGCCAAUCAUUCCAAGACAUCUGAUAGUUUGUUAGAAGAAGAAUUACUUGUUAACUUGUAUAAUACUUAUCAUUUUUCAUUUGAAUCAAGCUAUUAUCAAUUAACAUUGGAUGCACUUUUGACUGGUCAUGAAGAUUGGGUCCACUCUCUUAACUGGCAUCCAAUUCCAAACAUGUUACAAUUAGUUAGUACAUCUAUGGAUCGUACAAUGACUAUUUGGUCUCCAACAUCAAAGGGAGGAGUUUGGUUGAAUCAAUUCAGAAUGGGUGAAUUUGGUGGUUUGAGUGGUUUAUUUGGUCAAAUGGGUUAUUUCAGUGGUUGUUUCUCAAUGUUUGCUGAUUACUGUAUGGGUACUGCUUUCCAUGGAAGCUUCCACUUGUGGAAAUUGAGAGAAAAGGAAAAUGAAUGGAAACCAAUGGUCAGUAUUUCUGGCCACUUUAAUAGUGUUAUGGAUCUCGAUGUUGAACCAUCCAAGGAUGGUCUUUAUUUUAUGACAACUUCAUCAGAUCAAACUACUAGAUGUUUCACUUGGAUUGAUACUGUAGAUACUACUAAAGUUGAGGAUGUUGAUUCUUUGAAUUAUCAAUCAUUAGAGAAUAGAUCAGUUAGAGAAAUUGCUAGAUCUCAAAUUCACGGUUACGAUAUGAAUUGUCUCGCAUUUACUGAUUAUUACUCAUUUGCCAGUGGUGGUGACGAAAAGGUUAUUCGUUAUUUGGAUGCUCCUCAAUCAUUCAUCAAUACACUUUCUAAUUUGAACUCGAUGGCUGGAAAGCACUAUGAAGCAUAUGGUAAGACUAGAGAAAGAGUUAUGGCUGCUACUGUUCAACCAUUAGGUUUGACUAACAAGUCAAUUAGAGAAGGAGAAGAAAAGGAUAUGAUUACUGUCAAUGAAUUUGAAUAUGAAAAGGAAGAGGAGGAAGAAGAUUUGGAUGUUCUUGAUGCUUCCUCACAAAAGAAUCCAUUCUCUGUCUUUUCUAGUGGUAAUAAUAGUGCUCUUACCCAUCCACCUUUUGAAACUCAACUUUUACAAUUGACUUUAUGGCCAGAACAACAAAAACUCUAUGGUCAUGCUAAUGAAAUUAUUUGUGUCAGUUCCAAUAAUUCCAAGACUAUUUUGGCUACAGCAUGUUCUGCCAAACAAGCUAACGCUGCUCAAAUUCGUUUAUGGGAUAUUAAGAAUGAUUUUAGACCAAUUGAUGUUAUUCCUGGUCACAAUUUGACUGUCAGUAGAAUUGCAUUCAGUAAUAAUGAUGAAUGGAUGUGUUCUGUCAGUAGAGAUAGAUGUUUAAUUUUAUAUCAAAAGAAGACUGUUGAAGAAAACACAACCUACUCUCCUUUACUCUAUCAACAAUGUCACGAACGUAUUAUUUGGGAUGCUUCAUUCACUUAUGAUGACAAGUAUGUUGCAACUGGUUCACGUGAUGAAGUGAUCAAGAUUUUCAAAUUACCAUCAGAAGAAGCAGCUAAUGCUAUCAGAGAAAGUAAUGAAAAGAAUCAAUCUUUGGAAGUUGCUCAAGCUAUUAAGAUGGAUCAUCCAGUUACAACCAUUCAAUUCAUUCCAACAGUAGUUUAUCAAGAAUUUAAGGAAUAUUUUGCUAGUAAGAAUUUGAGUCCAUAUUUAUUAGCUAUUGGUAUGGAAGAUGGUUCUAUACAAAUAUAUGAUAAUGUUAGUACUGAUGAAAAUGUUAUCAAAAUGGAAAAGAAGUUUGAAGUUCCAUCUAAUGAUUCACAUUGUUUAACUGUUCGUCGUGUUAAAUGGAGAGUUGAUGCCUCAAAUCCAAAUGGAAUUAGAUUGGAAUUACUUUCAUGUAGUUUGGAUUAUAGUGUUCGAUUGUAUGAAAUUACUCCAUAA